UUUGAAGGAGAAGAAGGAAACAAUGGCGUUGAAGUUUCUGAAUAAGAAGGGAUGGUAUACGGGAAGUCUCCGAAACGUUGAGAAAGUGUGGAAAGCUGAGCAGAAGCACGAAGCAGAGCAGAAAAGGAUAGAGGAGCUUCGUCUCCAAAUCCUUCAAGAGAAGGAGCGUUCUGAAUUUCGCGCUAUCAAGGAACAGGCCGGUCUCGUUCCGAGGAGGCCAGAGAGAUUGGAGUUCUUGUAUGAUUCAGAAUUAUUAGUAGUGAAAGAGAAUCCCAGUAGUUCAGGACGUGGUGUUUUGUUUCAGAAUGAUCAAGAUAGAACUGAUGCUACUAGUGUUAGUAGUAGGAGCGAGAAGAACAAGAACAAGAAGCGGAAGCAGCCGGUUCCUGGUGCCUUGUUUGAUGAUGAUAAGACACACUUUGCCAAUGAUUCUUGGCGCAAAUUCCACUCUGACCCUUUGCUUCUCAUCAGGCAGCAAGAGCUGGAAGCUCGCAAAUCUGUGAAAAGAAAAGUGAAAGGAUAAUUAAUGAUGGAGCGACGUGAGAAAACAUCAGCCUAGAGUGUAAUGACAUCGCGCAAUCAAUAUUCAUCUUUUGAAGUCUGUAAAGAAAACACAUUCUUUAGUUAUUUGCUUUUCUCUACUUCAAAAGCAUACUCUUUAGUGAAAAACAUACAAGCUAUUUAGUUAGUAAUUGACUUUGUUAAUACGCUCUUAUAAUGUCA